AUGGGUGGCAGGUAUUCCGUCAUAGAUAUUGCCAAAGAUACUAACAAUAAUGCCCAAACCACAUACUAUGGGAGAAAUGGGUAUAGCAUAACUCUUUUUAGGACAGAUGAACCAAAGAUAAAAAUCAAGGAUGGAGAUGAAAAACAACAACUCAAGAAUUACAAACAAUACAAACAUAAAAUUCCGGAAGAUAAUGCAUGGUGGUCUGUCUAUUACCAACUUCAAAAGGUAGAGCACAAUGGUAUUGAACAAACUGGAUUUGAAGAAAAGGGUUAUCUUCAAACCCAUAAGGUGGUAGAAGUUGUAUACUGGCUAAAUGAUAAGGCGAAUUUCUUUCCACUGAUCAUUGGUCUUGGUGAAGGUAAACCAACCCAUUUUAAACGAGAAAGUAUUACUAACGAAUGGAAGUAUUCCGAUAUUGUACCUCCAGCGGAUUUAUCAGACUACCAGAGAGUAUUAGGUGGACUCAACACAAAAUUUAAUAACGUUGUGAUAGUUAACCUUAAUGCUAAAAUGGACAGAAGUACUGUGGUCAUCCUUCCAAAGAUGAAUUUAAGAGUCCUAAGAAUAGUUCUAGCAAUUGUUCUCAUAAUGGAGCUACCUUUGUUACCAUCGCAGUUUCAGAGAUAA